CGCCGACCGGCCGGGCCAGGUGCAGCGCCCGCGUGUCUGGGGGCCGCUGCGCCAAGAGGAGCGCCGGGUCCGCGCGCCCUCCCAGCCGGACGCCCGUGACCCUCGGAGCCCAGGGAAGCAGCCCGGGCACCCGCUGGCCAGAGGCUCCCCAGGCCAUGUGAGCGCUUCGAGUGAGGCCUGGUGACAGAGAGCGGCGACCUCCCACUGGCCUUCCCCACCCGGCCUCAAGAUGCUGAGCCUGAAGCUCCCCAGGCUGCUCAGCAUAGACCAGAUGCCCCAGGUGUUCCAUGAGCAAGGCAUCCUCUUUGGCUACCGACAUCCACAGAGUUCUGCCACUGCCUGCAUCCUCAGCCUUUUCCAAAUGACCAAUGAGACCCUCAACAUCUGGACUCACUUGCUGCCUUUCUGGUUCUUCGUGUGGAGGUUUGUGACGGCACUGUAUGUGAUAGAUGUCCAGAAUGACAGCUACUCCUGGCCUCUGCUUGUGUACAUGAGCACCAGCUGCGUGUACCCCUUUGCCUCCAGCUGUGCACACACCUUCAGCUCCAUGUCCAAGAACGCCCGGCACAUCUGCUACUUCCUGGACUACGGCGCUGUCAACCUUUUCAGCCUGGGCUCAGCCAUCGCCUACUGCGCCUAUUCGUUCCCGGACACGCUGGUGUGCACCCCCUUCCGGGACUACUACAUGACCCUGGCUGUGCUGAACACCAUCAUCAGCACCGGCCUCUCCUGCUACUCCAGGUUUCUGGAGCUCCACAAGCCAGGGCUCUGUAAGAUGCUCCGCGUCCUCGCAUUUGCUUAUCCCUACACCUGGGACUCUCUCCCCAUCUUCUACCGGGUAUUCCUGUUCCCAGGGGAGAGUCCACAGAACGAGGUCACCUUGUGCCACCAGAAGCACGUGGCCAUGACUCUCCUGGCCUCUUUCUUCUACUCGGCGCACCUGCCGGAGCGCCUGGCCCCAGGAUGCUUCGACUACAUCGGUCACAGUCACCAGCUGUUCCACGUGUGUGUGAUCCUGGCUACGCACAUGCAGAUGGAAGCCAUACUUCUGGACAAGACUCUGAGGAAGGAAUGGCUCAUGGCCAACGCCAGGGCCCUGUCUCUCCCUCAGAUAGCAGGAGCCAUACUUCUGUGCCUCAUCUUCAGCCUCAUCAACAUAAUUUAUUUCUCAUCUGCUCUGUAUCGGAUGCCUGAGCCAGAAUUACAUAAAAAAGAAACAUGAUUCAGACCCUAAGCUUUUUAUGCCAGAUGUCAACAUUAAGCUACAACAUCCUAACCACCAUAAGCCAGUGGCAUGGUACUGGUUUAUGGUGGUCUAAGAUAUUCAUAGUGAUUGGUGUCUUGGCAUUUUUUAAUGGGUUCAUAUCAACAAGGUAUUUAACUGGGGAAAUUUCUCUAGCUGUGCACUGAUUCUGUAUGUGUGGUUUUAAAAGGGGAACAUGGGUUCAAGCAAGUCCUUAUUCAGGCAAAUUAUUAAUAUUUAAUUAAGUUAAAUUUAUUUAAAAUGAGUUUUGCAAUUCUGUUUAAACAGUAUUUACUCUUUAAAAAUGGAACUUGAGGAGUUUCAUGUAGCAAAUGUGUCUCUAGUCCCCAAGAGCCCCCACAGUGGGAGGAAUAUAAGCCAGAAAGGUCAGGGGGGGGCCCUCAGAAAGAGGAACUUGGGUCUGUGGGAGUCCUGGGGACUGGUUUCAGGGGGGCUCUUCUUUCUUUUCCCACCUACUGAAGGGAGUGAAUAGAAAGCCCUCUUUUUUACUCAAGUCCAUUCUGCUUCAAAGUGCAAAUUCCAUGUCAAUAGAUUUGGAUUUGGGACUGUGGAUUUGGAUUUUCUUAAAAGUCCACAGCCUAUGGCUGGGUGUCAUGUGUCCUGUUUUGCUCUGUUUUCUUGUUGCCAGUUUGAUUCUGCAAAGUAUUAUGCAGCACCGGUAAAACAUGGCACACCGUGGGAGUUGGCCAAGUUAAUCCCUGCCAGCUGUGUUCAUUUGUCACAUUUUAAAUCAAUGACAGCACUGUAUUUAGGGGUGUCAUGCAUUUGCUGUUGCUUCAGCAUUUCAAAUACGCUGCAAAUUUUAGUGUUUAUGUGCAGAGGAUGCUUAAAGACCUUGCCAAAGGGUUGGUCGGAUGCGAUUUUUCAAGCUUUCCUGAGAACCUAAAACAUAUGGUGAGCUUGUGGCCAAUGCAGAUUCCCAGGGAGACCAGCAGAUUCUGGUUUACCGGUGUAAAAUGUAGGUUUCGGAGAGGGGAUCUGCACUGGAGCAAGUCCCAUGUAAUUCUAAUGCAGAGGGCCCAUGGGCCAAACUUGAAGAAAUGCUGGUGUCAGGAAUUCCAAAAGCCACUGGGCUUAUCAGCUUUGUUUUCAUUGAUGUAAUUUUCAGCAACUCACCACCUAAGGAUGUGUUCCCAGCUUUCUACUCUGCACAGUCCUAAAACACUGAGCAUUUUCUCAUCUGUUGCAUUACUAAUUAAAGUUCAGUAUUUUGUGGUAUUUUCAGACAUAAGGAAAUGCUGACACAAAGCAAUUGUUAACACAGGCCUAUCAACCCCUGAUCUGCACUUGCUAAUGACUUAAGGGGCUGUCUACAAUGCAGAAUUCUCUUUGCUGACUCAGGAACACCUUCUAUCUUAGAAUACUGCCUUUGUGUUUUACUGGCCCAGGUAAUCCUCUUGAGGACAAGUAACAAUUUAUAUUGGAUGAGAGUGGUCAAGAAAUAUGAUUUCAUUAGUUUAAUUAUCUGUUUACUUCCUCUGGAGAAAUAGACUGAUAAAAUUAUAUGGGCUGGUAAAUUUUUGGUACAUUAAUUGCAAACUACAUGACAAAAUUUGUUGUUUUUUAGCAACAAUCUGAAAUCAUUAGAGACAUUUUAUUCUAGCAGGGCAAGUGGGCUUCCAUUUCAUCCUACUGUAACUUCUCAAUUUUAUAGUGAAAAAAAGGUACAUUUAAAUACCCUAUUUUAGUAAUGCCAAAGACAUGAAGGCUUUCAAAUUCUGUUUAUAACAGUAAAAUAGUGUUCUUUAGCUUAGAAAUAGUUGGAAAAUAUUGGAUGAUUAAUUUGAAGGGCUUUUAGAUGAUUUAAUCUUUGGUUAUGUUACUUUUGUCAUGCUUAAUGAUGAAAAUGAAAUGUUAAAUCAACAAAAUAAGAUCAAGUGUUUCAUAAUGGUUUUAUAACUUUGGUAAAUUUAGUCCCAUUGUAUGUUUUUGGACAGUAUUACAAAUUAAAAUUUUAUACCAAUUCGCAGUACACUGAUUUGGAAGCUUCUAAUGUGUAGUGAAAAUGAAUUCAAAUAUAUGAAUUAUCAGUAAGUAUUAAGUCUGAUAGUUUUGCCUAAGUCAUUCCAGAAAGUUAGAAAGGUUGGCAGUGGGUGAGUUGAAGACCUCACUGGGAAGAUGCUUUUUAAUGUAGUUCUCAAAAAAAUUUUAAUGUCUCAGUACACUGUAGAGAUGUGCCAAACUCCCAUGGGUGUCAACUGUUCACCUUGACCCUGUCUCAAAAGGGAUUAUGUAGGGGUGGGUACACUCCCAAUGGGAUGUCCCUCUUCCCCCUCCCCCUCCUUGAGAUCAUAACUCUAAAACUUAUCAGACAUUAUAGUUGUGAUAAAACUUCAAUAUGUUUGAAUGAAGCCAUUUAGUCAACUGUAUCUCCCCUUUAUUCAUUGUAGAGUUCCAUUUUCCAUUGCUCAAUUUUUAAAGAGUUAUGAUCCAUCUUCUUUGUUCAAGAAAUGAGUUUGCCAUUGUUAAUUAGAAUUAGAAGUGGGAAGUUUAGAAACUUUUGAGUACAAAGUGAUUUAAGUAUUUGGUCUUCUGCAAUCUUUUUCAAAGUGUUCUCUGUGGAACCCUGCUCAUGUGAGAGGUUCUGAGGAAGGCAGUGGAAUAGAAUGGUAUUGUCAGGUACGUUGGAGAAGCACUUCAUUUGGAUCUACUGUGUUCCAAAUUUGUUUUAGCCAUGAUGCCCUUCAUACAUGAAACACCUAUCAACACUAUAAAACAUGUUAUGACAUAUCCGUUGAACGCGAGCCUCUGAUUUUCUAAUCAACGAUCCAUAUGAAUGAAAAGACAAAGACCCAUUUCCAAACUCAGAGAUAUUCUUCCAAUGUAUGGUUUUCUUAAAUUGUGUGGAAGAAAUAAAUAAAGUUUAUUUAUUAUAA